AUGCCGCCUCGUCUGACUCGUCACUCUUCUCGCACAAAUGGCGCUACUGAAACUCAACCUAAUCAACUUGGUCUCAGGGAUCCUUCACCGACUCGUAAUGCCGAGAAUACUCAAGCUGCGCCCCAGAAAAAGAAAAGGAAACAGUCUAAAUGUGUUAAUCAGACUUCUCCUCAAGAAAACGAUAAUGAAAACCUCAACAACAACAAUCUAGACAACACCACUGCUGACGACCAUCCACCUGAUGAAGAUGAAGACAAUGAAGCUGAUCGCCUUACCGUUGAUAACUACAAGGAGCAUAUGGACGCCUGGAGUGUUGGUCGGCUCCGCACAGCCAUCAAGAAAUACAAGUCUUCCGGUGGUACCCGAGCAAGCACUGAGGUUCAAACCAAGGCUCGACUCAUAAAUUCAAAAUACGAGCACGAAUUGUUAAUGCUAGCAUUGGUAGAUAAAGUCCAACUACGAACCAUCAAAAAAGCAAUGUAUUUUUAUUUCUCUUUUGUAUUUUUAUUUCUCUUUGUCUUUUCCUUGUAUUCACACGCUGAAAUCGUGAUGCUACCUUCUUUAUCCAGUGAUGAAGUUGCUCCUAAAAAGAACCCCUCCAACCUUGGAAUGUAUGUAUCCUAUGCGAAAGAAUCUCUUGCAUUAUCUAUGCCCAACAGAGGACAGGAAGAUGGUGGUGAUAUGCUAUCCCAGAGAAAUCAAAUCAACACCGAUCGCUGGAAAGCCCUAUCACUCGAUCAAAAAGCAAUUUUUUCCCCUUCCCUAUUCUACGCGUUAGCUGGAGCACCGAAUCCAUACGCUGCAAGUGAUAAUGAAGAUGCUGAUGAUGAAGAUGAACGAGGAGACAUCAUAGUUUCAGUCCCAAAGGUGCGGCGCUUGACACCAGAAGAAGAAGCACUAUACCGACCCAUCUAUGAAGAGAUGGUGGAUGACGACCGAGUAUCGGCCAACAUCUCAAAGCCCAAGCUGGGCCCUUCCGAUGCGCUUCUCCAGAGGAAGUCACUCACCGCUUUUCAAAAGUUUGCACAUGAGCUUGCAUGUCUAGCAAACCGAUUAGAUUUUGCGUUCUAUCUUGUGGGAUCGAGUACACUCACACCCGAUAAAUCAAAUGCACUUGGAUGGACACGGGAGUUCACUACCCACCGACAAGUAGCACGAUGGGCCAACAAGACCAGCGGUUUGGCUCGGGUAUUUGCAACAUAUGCGCAAGGCGCUGCAAUGGCUGAUGCUAUUGCAUCAGCCACUCAUCCUCCUGAAUUGAAGCCUAAGCGAAAACGUAGCGACAAGCCUCAACGUAGUGACCGGAUCAAGAUUCAACUUGGGAGAAUGCUCGUUCAAUUGACUGUCAAGGCGCUUGGCCGAAAGCCUACCCAAUCUUUCCCCUUGACAGAAGACCCCAAGAGUGCCUUACUCAAACGAAAGGUCCCUUUGGAAAUGGUCCGUUCAGAUGCGUGUACGUUGUCCGAAGAGGCUCUGAAAUUAGGCUUUAAGAAAAUGAGGACCAAGGAUCGAGAAAAGUGGGCAGAUGACAUCAAAGGGGGACAUUUUCGGUUGAGAAAUGUGGGAGGCGUCGAAGCAACUGAAGUUGAGGCAGUUGCCCUUGAUGCAACUGAUUUGGCCGAAAUCGAUAGAUCAAUGGGUGAUGAAUGUGAGAAUCUUAGUAAAGAUAAAGACAAGGCUGGGGGUACUGACCAAGAUGAUGAUGAGGAUGAUGAUGACGAGACACAAGAGGUGGACGACAAUGAAUGA